UUCCAUGCUGUGGCCCCAGCACCUGCCCCUGGGCUGGGACAGCCCACUGCUCCGUGCUGCCCGAGAAGGCUCAGCACAGGCACAAACCACUGCCCAGCACUACCCCGUGCUGCCUGAGAAGGAUUGGCACGGGCAGUGACCACUGCCCCCAACUGCCCUGCGUCAUCUACCCAGGAAGGCUCGGCACAGGCACCAACCACUGCCUCCAACUGCCCCGUGCUGCCUGAGAAGGCACUGCACAGCCAUCCCCCACUGCCCCACACCGUCCCCACCCGGGCAGCCAUGCGAGCGGCUGGAACUCUGCUGGCCUUCUGCUGCCUGGUCUUGAGCACCACUGGGGGCCCUUCCCCAGAUACUUGUUCCCAGGACCUUAACUCACGUGUGAAGCCAGGAUUUCCUAAAACAAUAAAGACCAAUGACCCAGGAGUCCUCCAAGCAGCCAGAUACAGUGUUGAAAAGUUCAACAACUGCACGAACGACAUGUUCUUGUUCAAGGAGUCCCGCAUCACAAGGGCCCUAGUUCAGAUAGUGAAAGGCCUGAAAUAUAUGCUAGAGGUGGAAAUUGGCAGAACUACCUGCAAGAAAAACCAGCACCCGCGUCUGGACGACUGUGACUUCCAAACCAACCACACCUUGAAGCGGACUCUGAGCUGCUACUCUGAAGUCUGGGUCGUGCCCUGGCUCCAGCACUUCGAGGUGCCUGUUCUCCAUUGUCACUGACCCCCGCCUCUUCAGCAAGACCACAGCCGUGACAAACACCAGGAUGCAUGCUCCCUGUCCCCUCCCAGCCGCCUCAUGACCCGGCCUCACAGACCCUCUCAGGCAUCUGACGAGUGAGCGGAUGAAGUGCCGCUGGGUCACCGCAGGGCAGCUGGAAUGGGAGCACGGUAGCACCUCCUAACAGAUUAAAUAGAUCACAUUUGCUUCUAAAAUUAACUCC